UGACGUGCGUCACAGGACCCUGGGGUUUUGCACGGGGAUUAGUCAGGCUGUAUUUGGAAACGCCCUCAACUGCACCUUGCGCUGCUAUAUUAGUGUUUCUCAAGCAAGAGGAAUUUUCUUUUGCUUCUGCAGCUGCUCCUGCAAAACCCUCCGCCUGUAUGCAAGCCCUGCGUCUCUGGACUCUGCUUGCCACCUAUGCAGUUGCAGUAGGACAAAAUCAAGGACAGAAGAAUCAGGAGUGCCCUAAGCUCAACGCACAGAUGCCAGAAUUUCAGAAGAAGACUGUCCACAUUAAGGACCCAGGGAGAGUAGAAGAGAUUAUUUGUGGCCUCAUCAAAGGUGGAGCUGCUAAACUUCAGAUUAUUACAGAUUUUGAUAUGACAUUAAGUAGAUUUUCCUACAAUGGAAAAAGAUGUCCAACUUGUCAUAACAUCAUUGAUAACUCUAAGCUUAUCACGGAGGAAUGCCGGAAAAAGUUAUUGCAGCUGAAAGAAACCUAUUAUGCUAUUGAAAUUGACCCAGCCCUCACUAUUGAAGAAAAAUAUCCGUAUAUGGUAGAAUGGUACAAUAAAUCUCAUGCACUACUCAUUGAACAAGGCUUACAAAAGGAUAAGUUUGCAGAAGUUGUGAGGGAAUCUGAUGUUAUGCUAAAGGAAGGAUACGAGAACUUCUUUGAUAAGCUCAGUGAACAUAAUAUUCCUGUGUUCAUAUUUUCUGCUGGGAUUGGAGACAUUCUUGAGGAAGUUAUCCACCAGGCUGGAGUCUACCAUUCUAAUGUCAAAGUUGUUUCCAAUUUCAUGGAUUUUGAUGAAAAUGGAAUAUUAAAAGGAUUUAAAGGAGAAUUGAUUCAUGUUUACAACAAACAUGAUGGUGCCUUGAAGAAUACAGAGUAUUUUAAACAACUGAAAGACAACAGUAAUAUCAUACUGCUGGGUGAUUCCCAGGGAGACUUGAGUAUGGCAGAUGGAGUAGCAAACGUUGAGCACAUUCUUAAGAUUGGUUAUCUCAAUGAUAAAGUAGAUGAACUUUUGGAAAAAUACAUGGACUCUUACGAUAUUGUUUUGGUGAAAGAUGAAUCCCUGGAAGUUGCCAACUCCAUCCUACAGAAAAUCCUGUAAAUUGCAGUCUCAAGCCACUGCAUUCCUUCCAGAAGGCAACUGAAUAGAAGAGCACACAAGUGCAAUCUUAACUGUAUCUAUUACUCAUUGACAGAACUGUUUAAUUUAAAACUUUUAUCCUCAUUUUGGUAUUUUGAAGUGUAUAUGGUACCCGUUGUCAACUAGAAACUCCUUUUACUGCUGUUAUGCUGUUCUUUAUUGUCUCACACUCCUAUUAAAACUAGAUUUAAAUUGGAUUUAUAGAGGUGAUCAACUGCUUCUGACUGGGUACUGUGGUUCACUGUCUUUUAAUCAGGCAUUUUAAACUGCAUUUUAGUAAAUGUGGCUAUUGUGUAAAACUGAAGAUGCAAACAUUCUCUGAAUAAGCAGUGUACACAGGUUUGUUUUGCCUUUGCUUCUUUUAAAGUGUCAUCCAAAAUCUGGGAAGAAAACUGACUCCAAUGCAGUAUUAGGAAAAGAAGAGAUUUCAAUCCCAGCUGUGCUUUGAAAGAUACCACUCAUAUGCUACAGACUGUCACAGAGGUUUUUCAAACAUAUUUUUUCUUCAGUAAAAAUACUUCAUUCACCCAAUUCAAGCAAAGUGUUCCCUAUUAAUAGAUUUCUGUAUCAUUAAGAAAUAUUCUGUAUCCUUAUGUUUCUUUAAUCUGCAUGGAGUGGGAAAGUCGUACUGUUUUAAGUCAGUACACCCGAGCUGAAGUUUCUCAACCUUGUACCAACAGGUGGUUCACAAGCUAACAGCAUCCAGCAGCCCCUUUUCAGAUCCUGUUUUCUGUACUGCUCUUAAUUCCAGCCAGCUGCUUCAUGUCAAAGCUAGCAGAGCUUGUCUGAAGUACUUUCUCUUAGAAUUCUCAAUGAGCUGCUCUGACAGCAAAUCAAAUCAAAGCAAAGCUAGAUCUUAAUCCUGGAUUUUAAAAGCUGAUUUAGCAAUCAUGCAAAAUCAGAUUUUCUUGCUAGAAGCUCUGCAUAUCUGAAACAGCUAAGGAACCUCUCCAGGCCCUAGGUUAAAGUUCUACUCUGCAAAUUUGAAGCACAAGUGUCAGUAUAGCAUCUAGCUCUUAUUAUCAAAAUCUGUUUAAACAUCUACUGAAUCUUGAGGAAGUAUUUCUUCUGUAUUGAACACGUUGCAGUACCUCUCAGCACUGCAUACAGGGUGAUACAGCUUAACGUAGCCACAGCUUUAGAAGCUUGCUCUGAUCAGUGCAGUAGAAGCUAAAGGGAGUGGUGAGGCCUUGGUCCUAAGAGGUCUCAGCUGUACUAGUUGUACUGAUUAAUAAAAUAGAGGCAAUCAUACAGCUCGCCCACA